AUGAUAUCAACAUUAAACCUAUUACUAGUUUUUGGCGUGGGAAGCUUGGCGGCUCCAGCGGAUGAUCCAGUACGCAUUGAUCUGCCCGUGUACGAACAGCCGCAAGGAUCGUCAUAUGUUCAACUAGCUGAACCUUUAGAAAAAGAAAACCAUCCUCAGCCGAAAAUAGUUAAAGACAAUUCGAUCGCCAACAACUUGGUAUCUGGCCAGUUACAUACUUCGAACCUCCUGGAUAACAAAUUAGCAUCUGGAAGCCCACCUAUUGGUUCGGUGAACUAUGGAGGUGGCUUGUUUUCUGCUCCAGUAACUACACUUGAAGGAGCAUUGCUAGAGAGAGAGGGUUUAGGAAGCAAAACUCUUUCCGUCAAGGAAAAUGUACAAGGCAUCGUUGCUGGUUUAUUUCAGCCGAAGCCAAUUGUGGACACAAUAAAAGAAGAAGAGAAGUACGGUAACAGUGGGGAUAAAUUUUACAGUGCGGGUCGUGCAAUUGUUAGUGGUGCUGAAGGAGUAUCGAACAUAUUUAACUCGGUUCUUGAGAUUCCUGGAUCGAUUAUAAAAAAAAUAACUAGAGCUGCUACAGAAAAACUAAAUAAUUUGGGAGGAAAACUGAUUGGUUUAUAA